AUGUCCAAGAAACUCAUCUUCCUAAUGGGUGCACCCACGUCGAGAAACCUUCAGUGGGAUGAAGAGCAAUUGCUUACAGAGCCCAUCUUUCCCUUCAAGAAAUCAAAUCUGGAUGACGAAGAGCCAUGGCGCCUGACAGAUGCUUACCCUAUCAAGUGGAGGCUCUUGCAAGACCUGCGGACAUCUCAGUUGCUACAAGGGACGUUCGACACGGGCUCCCAGGAAAGGGCCUGCUUCUUAGCAACCCGCGACCUCGCAGUCUCUGGCGGGAUUUCGGCCAAUGAACCAGAGGGUUCGGUACUCUCACGGUUCUACGAGCACUCCUUCACCGUGCAUGAGGUUUCCGAGAUUUCGGCGACCGGGGUUCGCUCUGAGAACUCUUUCCAAGGUAGCGGCAUCUGGGCCGAUAGUACCGGGAGUUCGAUCGCAACAGUGAGCGAGAAAGAAGCGCCGAGCCCAGGGAUUCUAGGCCAAACAUCUGCCACCGACCUCCAGGCCAUCCCUACGGCAGCAUACUUGACGUCGAUCGUGCCGCAGACCGUGACUGUGAAUCUAGUCGUGUCAAUCAUCACCAUCAACCGCCCACGCCGCAUUGUGACACGGCAAUGGAAGAAAGAACUAGACUUGGUCGAGGUUGUAGUGGGCGAUGACACGCGAAGCGGAUUUGGAGUAACCUUCUGGCUUCCUCCUGCGGACCAGGCACAUGCGGCCGGUGAUCGCAAGCCUAUCGAGGACGAACUUGGAAGGUCGCUGGCUACGCUGCGACCUCGAGACAUUGUCCUGAUGCGCACGGUAGGACUGAGUUCCUUCCGCGAACGGGUAUACGGGCAGAGCCUGCGGAAGGGAGUCACUAGAGUUGACCUUCUGCAUCGACAGCGGGUUGACGCAAACGAUGCAGGUGGUGUCUACAGCACCAAGAGGCUACAAGAAUUCCAACGGCGGCAGCAGCAGCAGCAGCAGGGUCCUGCAGCCAAGAAGGAAGAGGAUCUGCUGGUUGAGAAAGUCAGCAAGGUGCGCGAGUGGAUCAGACGAUUUGCGCCGGAUGCGGUAGGCGGUGACAGUGGUAAGGGGCCCCUAACACGUGGGCUGGCUGGAAAAGCUACCACCACAAAUAACGCACUGCCUCCGGAUACGCAAGAGUAUAUUUAG